GUUAUAUGAACACACAUUUCUGCAGAUCCACUUCCUGCCAUGAACGGUUUAUAUCCACUACAAAGAAGUUACAGCAGAAGGCUCUGCAGCAACCUAAGCAGAAGAAAUCCAAGUCGGCUGAAUUUCUGAUGGUGUCAACCGAGGAGGAUGCGUGAGAACAUUCUGAGGGCAGACAACUCACCGAUCGCAUUAUUUUGCUGCUAAAUGCACUUUAUUUGACAACGGGCCUAUUUGACCUAACAUUUGCAUUUCUCCUUCAUGUCUCUGUGUGUACUUUUAUUGAUAUUUCCAUUUAUUUUGUCAGCAAGAGGACAUGUUGCGGGCAUGGAAAAACACGGCGGAGGAAGCACUGAGCUUUCCCUUCUUCCCGUUCGGCUGCCGAGAGAAAUUCGAGGAACUGAAUAUGCCCGAAAUUACUUUGACCCGAUGUCGGCGGCGGAGCAGACGGACUCAAGGCGUAGCAGCGUGGCCGAGCUCGAAUUAAGUACAGUGGUAGCCUCCAGGGAUGAGGAGGUGUUAGAGGUGAAGGCGGGUAAUCCACUGCUGCUCCAUGGUGGUUGCGAUGGUGCCGCCUCAGGCUCGGAGCGCUCCCGGGCUCGUCCCACUGCCAAAACCCAAGCUGGGCCCACUGCUGGCCACUCACGAGAGCUUGGAAGACAAGCAGCGAGGACCGUAAUGGGCAGCGAGAGCGCUGCAGAAAUAAAGAUGUCCGAAGAGGCGGUCCCCCGCCAUGCCUGGCUGCCGAGGGAGCGCGCACGACCUGACAUAAUUACGCUUGGCAGCCUUUCACUGCAGCAGCAGGUUGCUGCUCCGAAGAUGAGCCACUGGGUGAAGAUGAAGCGAAGGCUGAUGGAUGUCUUCAAUGGGAAUGGAAAAAUGCAUCCAAGUCCAUCUCCUCAGCCUGUGGAAGUGUGCGUGCGUUGUCUCAGGGCCACCAGAGACAAGCUUCCCAGGGGCCUCUACAGUGUUAGUGUGGCCCUUCACAGCCAUCUUGGAGGUCCAUCUCUAACCUGGAAUAACGACAAAGGUCAACAUGAGUGGAUGGCAUCCACCGACCCCAUUGAACACCACGGCUGCUUUUACAAUAUAAACCUGCACGUUAACCAGAAUCUCUUCAUGAUCUUACCCCCAGCCCGGGAGCUUCUCCCUUCCAUGGUCCUCAUAUUCCGACUAACUGCAUCACCAGGACAAAGUAGCUACAUGAAGUCUGUCCUGGCUUGGGGGGCCUUUCCCAUUUGUGGACCAAACCUUAGCCUGGUUGAAGGCAGGUACAAAAUCCCACUGCUUAGAGGAGAGCCCGGCUCAGUGGACCAAUUUCGGACAAUUGAAGCUCUCAUCUCAUCUGAUCUAGAUCACUGGCUGUGCAAUAUGUACUUUCAGAUAAGGAGACUCCCACCGGGAGCAUCCGAGUGCCCCGCCUCCCUACAAAUGCUACCUUUAAACACCCCUGUUAUGCUCAAGUCUGCCGUCCAGCACAGCCAAGUGCCAGGCCAGGCUCCUCCCGGGUCCAAAGCAGAUCCACAACCAAUCCAUCCCCAGCUGAACCUGCUCCAUGCUGGCCCCAGCAGUAGGGCAGGAGAACCUGGCGCGGUGCAUUCACCCCAGGGCUCGCCCCUCCACCUGUCAGCUGAUUCGGCUUGCUCUUCAUCAUCUCUGCCAGGAAAGGAUCCUUCUCCAAGAGACAUUUCCGGCAACAUGGGAGCAAAGAGUCAUCUUCGCAGGGAGAAGGAAGAAGGUGGGAUCCACUUCAAGAAGAAGCCAAUCAAGAAGACAAAUAGCCGCGGCCCCAGCGUGAGCGGUGGCAGCGCGCAAGAUGUACAAAAUCACAAGAUGCUCAACAUGGAGGAGAUGGAGGAGUACACCUUUUCCCUUCUGCCUUCACAGAAUGGACCAAGUUCUGCUCAGCUGGCCAACCCAGCCCACUUGGUCCUUUGCAUGUUACCAUCUGAGCUGGGCCUGUUGUUGCUGCGGCAACACAAGCAGCAGCAGAAGCAGCAGCAACAACAACAAGCAUGUGGUAGCUGGCGGCUUUCUGUUUUGCAGCUCAGCUUCAUUAUGCUGCUGCUGGCUUUGAUGUGGUUUGUGAGGCUCUACCUGCAUUACUGCAGCCAGUGGCUCUACCUCCAGGCCAUAGCAGUUCCUGUCAACAAAUUCCAAUUUCACGCACACACGGUGGACCUGGUGUACCAGAGUUCUUUGCUCCACACCCGCGAGGAGCUGGCUAUGGUGGUGGUGGGUCCCCUGACCUUGAACGCAGUAACGUUCCUGCUGGUUCUGAUCAGAUGGGGCUGUCAACAGAUAUUUGGAUCACUCCCUUCCUUCACGUCAAAGUUUAUCAUGGCUCAGGGAGUGUGGACAGUCCUGCACCCCCUGGCAGUCCUUGCAGUGGACGCCGUCCUCGGGCGUCUAUCCUACAGCCCAGACAGACCAGUGGGAGAUGCCGCCAAGCUUUUCUGGCACUUCCACCGAGUGGACCAAUCAGGCACAGCCGGGGUCAUCAUCACUGUUUUCCUAUAUGCAGUCAUCUUUCUUCUAUCCGUCACCAUCCUUUGCGUUUAUCUGCUCAGAUUUCACAACAACGGCCGUAUGCUGGACAUCUUCCAGAGGCUCACCGGCAAGGAGGGGACUUAUUUCCUACCUCAGGACUUAGAGCUGUCCAAUCAGGAGCUUAGCUACAUCGUCAAGAAGGCGGAGCAAUGGAGGGGCUAUGAUGGCGAGAGGCGCAAGGUGGCAGUCUAUGACUAUAUCUGGACAGCAGAGAACCCAUUGGCUGGUUCCUCUACCCCCAUAGAUGACCCACAUAGUGAGUCUUCUCCAAUGCCACACGGAGAGACCAGCACCCACAUGGCUAUCUACACGCUCUACCUAAGCGGGCUCAAGCGAAGAUACAGACAUUUCCUCCGACAACCAGAUGGGGCCAUCAUUGAGGUGAUUGGUGACUUGGAGGGCUUCGACAAUGCAACCAGAAUGGAGCCCUUUACAGGUCAACGAUCAGGGCCUGGGACCGUGGACCAGGAGGGCUCAGCGGUCACUCGACAGCUACGAAAAAGAAAAAAGCUUUUUGGACGGUGUCCUCGUGUUGAGCCAGUAGGAGGAAGCAGGUGUGACUCCAGUUAUGCACAAGAACUCAACCAAUGAGAGCGAAGCAAAGCGGGAAGGGCUUUGGACACCCAAACUGUUGUCAUGUCACUUUAACAACUGCCAUUUUGUCAGUCUUUUGCAAUGUACAUUUCAUUAAAGAAAAAAAGAAACAAAUGGAACAAGUAUUUACACUCGCACUUUGAAACUAGUGCACUGCACUUUCAAUAAAGAGCAGAAACUUUUCCCCCUGA